UUUGUUGGGUACAUACUUUGUUAUCUCAAUUAUCUAAUCAUUGAAAUGAUAACAUUGAUAACACGGAAAUAAAAUAAUUCGAUUGUUCUAUAAAAAGAUAAAGGUUAGAGGUUAAAUCCAAGAUGGUGGACAAUGCCAUAAGGGCACAAACCCGUUCUACACAAGUUGACCCAAUUUUGUCAAUUCGUCAUGUUCUUGAACUUUGUAGCGAGCAUAAGCUGCGAGAAAUUAUUCAGUAAUGCAAAACUGUAUUUAAAAUAAUUCAGGCGAUAAUUUUUAAGACAAAACAAUAGAAGUGAGGUGCAUUAAGGUUUUAGUUGAAUAAUUACACAAAGAUGAAUAUUUUGAAACUAAAACAGUCAAGAAUCAUACAUUUAUGUUUUGCCAUCACCUUCUUCACUUCUGGGGUGAUUGUUAAUCUCAUACAAUGCUUCUUUUACCUCACGUUGAGGCCCUUCAACAGAAGGCUUUACAGGAAGUUGAAUUGGUAUUUUUGUUUCACCAUUUAUUCACAAUUGGUUUUUUUGGGCGAUUGGUGGUCAGGUUCUCACAUUAAAUUUUACAUAGAUAGAGAAGAGUUUGAUAAAUAUUAUGGCAAAGAACACGCUUAUUGUGUCAUGAAUCACACUUAUGAGAUUGAUUGGUUAGUGGGGUGGAUGAUUUGUGAUAGGUUACACAUGUUAGGGAAUUGUAAAGCUUAUGCAAAAAAAGUUGUACAGUAUAUACCAGUGUUAGGUUGGGGGUGGAAAUGUUCAGAGUUUGUAUUUUUGGAAAGGUCAUUUGACAAAGAUAAGAAAGUGAUAGAUACGCAAGUUACGGAAUUAGCGGAACAUCCUGAUCCAAUGUGGUUGUUGCUCUUCCCGGAAGGCACCCGUUUUACGCCAACAAAGCACAAGAUCUCCCUCGAAUUCGCCCGCCAAAAGAAUCUCCCCGAACUAAAGCACCACCUUCUUCCACGAACCAAGGGCUUCACAGCUAGCCUCCCUUCAAUGAAGGGCAAAGUGCCAGCAGUUUACGACAUUGAGAUUUGCUUUAACGAGAACGAUCCGUACAAACCAACCAUUAGAAACAUGUUACUUGGGCGUUCUGUAACGGCUCACAUGUACAUGAAACGUAUUCCUUUGGAAAACUUGCCACAAACCGAACGCGAACAAGAGGACUUCCUCAGAGAGAUGUUUGUGCGAAAGGACAAGCUGAGAGAUUCGUUUGUGAAAACGGGGGAUUUCUUUGCCACUUCGGGAAUUCCCCGAGUUGAACCGUUCGAAGUGGAACGAAGGUUUAAUUCAGUUAUAAAUAUCGCAGUUUGGGUUGCUUUAAUCUGUUGUCCCAUGGUGUAUUAUUUAAUUAAGUUGUUGUUUAGCGGAGAGUUGCUCUAUUUUUCGAUCGGUGCCAGCAUCAUCGGAGCUUUCUACUUGUUGUUGGACAAAACGAUUGGGAUGUCUGAGAUUGAUAAAGGAUCGUCCUAUGGUACAAACACUCCAAAGAAGGUCGCAUAAGUAGUGCUUUUAAUAGUAUUAUUUUAAAUGUUAGACAUUGCAUUGUCUGUGCCAAGCUUAAUCAAACACAGAGUUCAUUUUCAAACUUAGCGUCAAACGCAACAUGUUGAUAUUUAGAAUUUGCAGAUAUUAAAAACUCCAGGUCAAGUUGGUUCAAAGACUCACAAAUAAACAAUAGGAUUUAAGUUAUUAAGAAUUUUUGUUACGUUAAUAGGAAAAAAUAAAUAAACUCUUUGUUGUC